GGAGCAUCUGUAUAAAUGCCAUCAAGAAACUACCCAGAAACAGUAGAGCCCCGAUGACUACUCAGAAACACAGCUCAACACAAAAGGCAAGGAAGAAUCUAAUUCAACCCCGAAUCUGACCUAUAGACACACUCGCCCAUUAUUCCUUACGAAUUUAAAGAUCGAAGAAGAGGAGACGUUACUCGUUUUGCGCAUUGGAUUUGGCGUUCUUGUUUGUUUCAUUGUAUACAGAGAGGGAGACGGAAGCCAGCGGCGAUGCAGAAGAGGAGGCGGAGGACGGUGGUGGUAUUGCGGCAGGUGCUAACAUGCGCCAUAUGCGCAAUAGCCCUUGUAGCGCUGUUUUCCGUACAUGUUCGAAUGACAUUCCCAUCCUCAGGAGUAACCAAGCUCCCCACGCUAUAUGAAUUUGGGUACCAAAGACUGAGCAGGGAACGAAGUUGGACUCAAGAAAUUUUCCCAUCCAAAUUGUCAAAAGUUCCCCUACCUGCUAGCAAGGUUUGGCAUUCGGAUGGUUCAAACAGGAGUUCAAAUUUGGACAAGUUAUGGAGGCCUCCACCAAACAGAAACUAUGUUCCUUGUGUUGCACCAAGCUCAUUGUACACACCUCCUCGAGAGUCCCAGGGCUACCUGCUGGUUCAUACUAAUGGGGGACUUAAUCAGAUGAGAGCCGGGAUAUGUGAUAUGGUUGCUGUUGCCCGUAUUAUAAAUGCUACUCUUGUAAUUCCGGAGCUUGAUAAACGAUCGUUUUGGCUGGAUUCUAGCAACUUUUCUGAUGUUUUUGAUGAAGACCAUUUCAUCAAUUCUUUGGCAAAUGACGUAACAAUAAUAAAAAAGCUACCUGCAGAACUGGCAAGUGCAACUAGAGCUGUUAAGCAUUUCAGGAGUUGGUCAGGUAUGGAUUAUUAUGAAGAAGAAAUAGGCAGCAUGUGGAAGGACUAUAAGGUCAUUCGGGCAGCUAAGUCUGAUUCAAGGUUAGCUAACAAUAAUCUGCCAGCUGACAUUCAAAAAUUGAGGUGCCGAGCUUGUUACCAAUCCCUUCGUUUCGCUCCUCAUAUUGAGGCAAUGGGAAAGUUGUUGGUGGAUCGAAUGAGAUCAUAUGGUCCUUAUAUUGCUUUACAUUUGAGAUAUGAAAAAGACAUGCUUGCCUUUAGUGGAUGUACCCAUGAUUUAUCCCCAGAAGAAGCUGAGGAAUUAAAGGGAAUCAGGGAGAACACAACGUGGUGGAAAGUGAAAGACAUUGACCCUGAAGAACACAGAGCCAAAGGCUAUUGCCCAUUAACCCCAAAGGAGGUUGGUAUGUUCCUUUCAGCUCUGGGAUUUCCAUCAAUAACUCCCAUAUACAUUGCUGCCGGGGAGAUAUAUGGGGGUGAAUCCCGCAUGGCUGAUCUACGGUCACGCUUUCCCUUAAUAAUGAAUAAGGAGAAGUUGGCAUCACCUGCGGAGCUUGAACCAUUUGUGAAUCAUGCAUCUCAGAUGGCUGCAGUUGACUACAUAGUUUCAGUUGAGAGUGACAUAUUUGUCCCUUCCUACUCUGGUAAUAUGGCAAGGGCAGUCGAGGGUCAUCGUCGAUUCCUAGGACAUAGGAAAACUAUUUCUCCCGAUAGGAAAGUACUUGUCCGUCUUUUUGACAAAGUUCAGAUGGGGAAUAUGAAAGAAGGCAGAAAUCUUUCGGAACGUGUCAUUGAAAUCCACAAAAGAAGGCAAGGGUCACCAAGGAAGAGAAAGGGGCCGAUAUCGGGAACAAAGGGAAUGGACAGGUUCCGCUCGGAGGAGGCUUUUUAUGUGAAUCCUCUACCAGACUGUCUUUGUCUCAAGGAGCCACAGCCAACACAUAUAAACUAUUCCCAUCCUACUCUAACACAAUAGUUGAGACUCGAAAUCUUUGUAAAUUUCCUUUCUUAACUCGGAGGUGUAUAUAUACAUAUACUGGGGACAUAUACUGGGGGCAUCUUAAUUAUAUCAGAGCGAUUGGCAAGCAGUAGUUUUGAUGGAGACUUGGUCUGCAAGAAGAUGACGUGUACAUAGGAAAAGAGAUGCGCAGUUGUUAUGACCAGGUUGUUUUGCUUGGGGUCUAGCCUAUGGCACUGAUUGUGUACAUACUUGCACAACACAUAUUCCCCUGACAGCAGCAAUGUACAUUUAUCAAACUGCUUUUUGUUACUUCUUUAUUUUGGCAGUGUGUUUAUUGCUUUUUUUGGCCAUAUUUUGAACAGAUUUAUAGAAAAACAGUUUUGUAUAGACUUGGUCCAAAUAUAUGUAUUUACAUCCUUUUGUUUCUAGCUGAUUUCUGUUUAUACUUUAUACUCAAAUUAGAUUACUGAUUCUGCAAUUCUCA